AUGCGUGGUGAGAGCGCAUCGGUCCCCAUACCGAUCGUGACCCUCGAACAUAAAUCGCAGGAAGCUUCACCUGGUGAUGAUACCUUAAACGUCCCUCGUAUACCACCAUACUCCCCGAGCAGGUCGUUUCCCAUUCCGAUUAGACGCGUGCAAUCUUUUGACGCCUCGUCAAGAGGGAGUAAAACGGUUUCACCGACAUUGUCGGAUGACUCAUUUUCACCAUCUUCUCCGUCUUCCCCGUUUCGCGAAAAUAAGUCUCGAAAUGAGCGAGGAAAGCAUCAGAGUCGUGUGGCAUCGGUGCCGAAUCUACGCGCCAUGCGGCGCAGACUGAGUCACGGCAGUUAUUUCCAUGCUCCAUCGCGUGCUAAUUCCACAUCUCCGCCAACCGGUCAAUCCUUUCGAUCUUUUGUGCCAAGCCUUUGGCCAGAUGGUCAAUUUAGAGCCUCGUGCAAUGCACGUAUAGCAUCGCCUCUGUCUGACCCGACUGACCAAUGUGGGACCAACGAGAAUGCCAAUCUAUUGCCUCCCAUCACAGGUCCCAACGUAAUUGAUUCUGUAUGGCUCACAAAGCAGCCGGAUGCGGACGCGCAUACCCCUGAAUAUUCUGAAGAACUAGAACGCCUGGGUCCGUCUUUUCCAACUUCACCUGUGUUACAGAGUGAUUUGAAUCCAUCACCGGAAGAAAUGUUAAAUCUCGGGUUCCCACGCCUAUCGUCUCUUUCAUUACAAAGCUCAUCCCCUCCUCCGGUGUUGGAAUCCCCUAUCUCUCCUCGUGUCAUGUCGGAUAGUCCACCCAAGACGCGCAGUAACAUCGCCUUGCCUCCUCGUUCUGGUUAUUCGAUAAGUGAUGAUUCAGACAGUGUUCGGUCUGAAAGUGAGUCUCAAGGCUCCGGGAAAAGCAGUACUGAUUCUAGCUCUGAAAACGAGGGAGAUGGUGCUGUUAUUGACGAUGACGAUGGCGUGGAUGAUGUGGAUGCCUCAGAAGAGCGUGUUCGAAAAUGGCAAAUGUCACGCUCGCUGGAGCAAUUACGCUGCGAUGAUAAUAAUUUGAGACCAGUGUUCCCAAGUAGUGUGUCUGGCGAGGACGAUACCAGCAAUGAUGCUGAUGCCGAGGACGAGCGUGAAGAGCGUGUUUUGCAAGACUUUUCUCUUGUCUCCCCACAAGUAACGGAAGAGGAUGCAAUAGAUGUAUCAUCUGAGCAAGAAGAUGCGUCUGACUCUAUGGAUGAUGGUCUCAAUUAUCUCGAGCGCAUCUUCCUAUUUGCCAAAAGUGACUUGGCGUACCACCGAGUGCUCGUGUCUCGAUGCCUGGCGGACUGGAUCAAAGAUGUUGACUUGACCGAGGCGGUGGAAUAUGUGAUUCCAUUGCUCAAUGGACUUGCCACGGAUGAACUUGAGGUUAGUGCUGUGUUUGCUCCGGAAUUAGGUCGAUUGAUGUGGUUUUUCUUCCGAAACUGCCCGCUUCAGGAGCUUUCUGACUUGGAACCUGAUUGUCGUACGGACGAUACAGAUGAUGAGAUCAUGCCACGACCGCGCAUAUCUCUUAGCACAUUCACACCACUUUUAUGUUCCCUUUUGCUGAAUCCCAAUACGGCCGUGUCUGGCGCUACUCAAGCAUCCAUUGUGGAGUACUUUUUGCGCAGCAAGCAUUUUGAUGAGGCUAUCUGUUCUGAACAGCGGCAAGGACGAGAAGACUAUGAGGGCUUUGAUGAUAUUCUUCACGCGGACCUUGUUGAGAUGGGCACAGCCCGUGAUGACAAAUUAGUGCCGAUGGCGCCGUAUAAUUUCGACGAAAAAGCACGCAGUGCAGUUUUAAAUGAACUUUUUGAACAUGUGGCUAUUGCUAUUGCUUGUAUGGAGGAAAACUCUGUUGAAACAGCAUCAUCACAAAAUGAUCGCAUGACCUUCGAUGAAGAACCUGCUUUAGGUCGCAUGAUGUCGGUCAAUCUGUUAGCUGCCAUUACCAUGGAGGGGGGAUUUUCUCGCAAAUUACUUAUUGACCGUGUUGUGCCUGAAAUCACAAGUUGGCCUCAAGACCCAGCUUUUUUCGUUCGCAAGGAGGUUGCAGCUGCCAUCGGUAUUAUGGGCAAAGCAUUACUUUCUGAUGCGCCGGAUGAACUAAGUUUGUCUGAAUCCAGUGCACCUGCUCGAUUGUUUGAAGCUCUUAAUCGGGUUCUGCUUGACCAUAUUUGGCAAGUCCGCCAAGCUGCAUGUUAUUCACUUCCCGGAGUGUUUGCCAUACAACCCCGAAAUAAUGCAAGGCGUGAGAACCUCUUGUUAAUUAUGCGUGCACUAAAGCAGGACGUCUCCCCUAAUGUGCAACUUGCCGCAUUUGAGAUGAUUGGUGAAAUUAUCUACUUAUUCCAUGACGAUGAAAAUGGAGUACCUGAUGAACUUGUGCGCCUAUUUAUGGGCAAGCCUAUGGAUGCGCAUGAUGAAGGUAACGACGUCAAUGAGUUUCUCACGAAUUCCGACUAUGCACUUAUUGUGGCAUUUAAUUUCCCUGCCGUGGUUCUUACACUGGGCCCAGAACAGUGGUCUAGGCUCCGUGAGUUGUAUAAACGCCUCACAACACAUGCACACGACAAUGUGCGAAACUCGCUCGCUGCAUCCUUGCACCAAAUGGCCAAGAUUAUUGGACCCAAGGCUACAUGUCAAGACUUGAUACCUGUAUCUGAUCAAUUUUUCCGUGAUACUUGUGUCGAUGUUACAGCAACUAUGCUUGAACAUAUGGAUGAGUUUUGGCUCAUGCUUCCAGUGGAAGCUGCUCGUGAACAACUGCUUCGUGUUCCAGCCUUGUGGCUCACUAACUAUGCCCACGAAUGGAGGUUGCGACAAAGCAUUGCAGCUCAUAUCCCGGCGCUUAUUCCUACCAUGCUUCUGGAUGAUGAGGAUGGCUGUCUUAUCACACUUUCACUAUUGGCUUUGAAUGAUCCAGUCAACGCGCUUCGCAACAUUGGCAUUCAAUGUGUGCCGAUAACAUACCGCACUUUUCGAGAACAUGAUGAGACUAUUGCUGAUGGAUUCCUGUCAAUGUUGUGUGAUAUGGCGCAUGCUUCUACCAGUCGUCAACGCACUACUUUCCUUAAUAUUGUACAAUCGCUUUUGGGACAUGAUCUUGGCCGUGAAAGGUUCGAACGCUUGAUUCUUCCUUGCUUAUUGGAACUUGUUGCAGACGGCGUGUCGGAUGUAAAUAUCGCCUUGGCUCGCACAGUACAACAGGUUUGGCUUCUUGGAUGGUACAAUAAUGAAACCAUUCCCGAAGCUCUUCGACAAGUGGUGGCAACUUUGUUGAUCGCUCCGACUCUGACUGUACAGGAGUUUAUGCAGAAUCUUGACCCUCCAAUCCUAACUCAUGAUAUGCAGCCGAUGCCUUUAAAUAAAAGGCAUUCACUGGUAUUUGGUCCAGCACCACCAACACUUGAUAACACCAUCAUACCCAUGCCUCACUCUGAUGAGAGUGAGCAUUCAUCGGAAGUGUUGUCGUAG